AGAUGAUCAACUAAUCUCUUACCUUUGCGUUCGUGACAUUUUCUUGCCGGACCAAUACAAUAUAAAACUAAUUACAGCCUGUGGUUCCAACCCGUCCCACGUGUUCGGGCAUGUAUUCUACCUGUGUCGAUACCUGUUGCGCAUUUUCUGUUCUUAUUUCUACGUGCCAUGUAAUGUCUGUCUGGGUUUUUUUUACGGUCUGACUGAUAACUCUGCCUACAGAUCAUUUACAAAGUAUGUUCCUGUGGCAAUAUCUGACUCUCCUGCUCCUGCCGAUAACCGUUCAAAUAUGCAAAGCUCAGAGAUGCGAAGAAUUCACAGAUCUAGAUCUCAGUCACGCCAUCAUCGGAACCAGCCUGAAGCUCCGAUUGCUGCUGUACACCAGGCACAACGCCACCUGUGGCACACUGGUGUCCCACUCCGACCUGUCCAAACAUCCCCAGUUUAACGUGUCCAGACCGACAACUUUUGUCAUUCAUGGGUUCCGGCCGACUGGAUCUCCACCGGCGUGGAUCCAGAAUCUCACGAAGCUGCUGCUGGCCAGGGCAGACCACAACGUCAUCAUGGUGGACUGGAACCACGGAGCCGCCAAUGUCAAUUACUUCAAGGCCGUGGAGAACACGCGGAAGGCGGCCGAAAACCUCACGGCUUUUGUGGAAAUGAUGAAGGAACGCGGCGCCUCCCUGGGCUCCGUCCACAUGAUCGGAGUCAGCCUCGGGGCUCACCUGUCGGGCUUCGUGGGCGCCAACAUGAACGGGUCAAUUGGAAGAAUUACAGCUCUGGAUCCAGCCGGGCCUCAGUUCACUGGGUCUUCUCCAGAGAACCGCCUGGACCCCUCAGACGCACAGUUUGUAGAUGUCCUGCACACAGAUAUGGACGCCCUGGGCUUCAGAGAACCUCUGGGUCACAUUGAUUUCUAUCCUAAUGGUGGGGCGGACCAACCCGGCUGUCCAAAGACCGUCUUUUCUGGAGGAGCCUAUUUUAAAUGCGACCACCAGAGAUCAGUGUGGCUCCUCCUGGACUCUUUGAAUAGGACUUGUGCCAGCAGGGUCUAUCCCUGCUCCUCCUACAAGGACUUUCUGAGCGGCGACUGCUUGAGCUGUGACCGCUUUGGUGCUGCCGGAUGUCCCGUCUUUGGUUACGAUGUGACCGAGUGGAAAGAUGUCCUGCUGAGGCUGGGCCAAACAAAAACCUUCUUCACCACAAAUGCAAAAUCUCCUUUCUGCAUGACCGGCUACAGGGUGGAGGUGAUGGUUUGGAACAAGGAAUUGCGUUUUGGAUACAUCACAAUUAAGCUUCACGGUAAAGGCGAAGAGGCGGUGGCGACCAUCGACCACAAAGCAGCAGAGUUCAAGAAGUACUCAGAGACCAGGUUGUUGGCGCAGUUUGACAGAGACAUUCAGUCAGUGAAAAAAGUGUCCCUGAAAUUCUCCACUGGGAAUCCGUUGAAGGCGAAACAAAAGCUCAGUGUUCUCCGAAUCCGUCUCACGCAUCUGGAACGCAAGGAGAGACCCCUGUGUAGAUAUGACGUCGUCCUGCAGCAGAACGACGAGGUCACCUUCAAGCCGAUUCCCUGUGAAGACUCCAACUUCUGAGAAAAACUAAUUGGACACUGUGUCAAAAAGCUUUGUUGUGAAAAGUGUCUAAUUAGUGCCAUAAAACAAUACCGUUGAUCUUGUACUAUAAAAAGUACUGCACUUAUGUUCAGUAGAACCCUUCACGUGUACCCUCACCAGUUACUAAUAUUUAUUUGUGCAAUUUUAUACUAAUAAAAUGUCAUGUCAA